GUUGAAAUUGAGCAACGCUUUCACUUUCUAUUGUUUGUUGAGUCCUCAAAAAUGCGUCCCUGGGGUGGAAGUUGGAACCAUUUGUUCCCGAAAAUUCUCGCCCUCCACAAUCAUUGCUAUACAUGAUUUCCCCGCAUUCAAACGCGCCCUCCCAAUAAAGCAACAGAGGAACGGAGUCCCUCGCUCUCAGUCUAAUCUCUUUCUUUCUCUCUUGUCUCGCGCGCGCGCGCGAAUCCUGUGGAGUCGUACAAGAAGGAGUCGUCGUCGAAGGAUUCGCCCUCCCGAUCCUGCAAGAAUCGGUCUGAAAAUGGCGGACGGAGGUGCCGCCGGCGGUCGGAGGACCUUCAGCCUCACCCACACCUUCUUCUAUCUUAUUGCGUCGCAGGUUCUGUCGAGGCUUCUUUCUUUUUUCUUGAAUUUGUUGAUUGCUCGCCGGCUUACGCAGGAGGACUACGCGCUUUAUGCCAUCCAAUUUCAUCUCUUGGUGACUUCCAUUCUCUUUCUCACGCGUGAGGGUUUUCGACGGGCGUGCAUGCGGACGGACCUUUUGCAUGGUGCAGAUGUGGCUGAAAAUUGUACCAAAAUAUUGGAAAUAGCAUGGUUGACUGUUCCUAUUGGAGUUGUUUUUACAAUUGGAGCUUGUGGUUCCGUCUUCUGGUGGCAAGCACUUAACUUUUCAGACCAAUAUGCACGUGAUAUCUUGCUUCAUGGUUUUGCGUGCAUUCUGGAGAUAGUAUCAGAACCCUUCUACAUACUUUCCCAAAACCUAUUGCUGUUUGGUUUAAGGCUGAAGGUUGAAACAGUGGCAACUUUUUCUCGUUGUUGCAUGACCUACUUUCUCAUUGUCUGUGAAGCUAAAAUGGGAAAGGGACAAAUAUUUGCCAUAUCACAAGCUGCUUAUGGAGCUUGCUUGCUGGUAGGCUAUUCGGGGUACUUCCUCUUCUCUCAAGCAGUUGGAAGACCAAAUCUCAUUAGUGGGAUUGUUCUUUUUCCUGCAAGAUUGUGUGAUUGGAAGAAGUAUGACAAGAAGCUUUUGCAUAUGUGUGUUUUGUUUUCCUUCCAAUCAUUGCAGAAGUUGGUCCUGCAAGAAGGAGAGAAACUUGUUCUUGUUUUGUUCGAUACACCAUAUAAUCAGGGUGUCUAUGGCCUCGUAGAAAAACUAGGCAGCUUAGUGGUGAGAUCCGUACUUCAGCCUUUUGAAGAAAGCUUAUUUACUGUAUUUGCAAAGAUUGCAUCAGGAGAAAACUCUUCAAAGAACAUUAGCUUGGAGAAUCUUAUUGUCCUGGCCUUGAAACUUGUCAUUUUAAUUGGACUUGUCGUUGUUGCCUUUGGACCGAGCUAUGCUUAUGUUCUCAUCAGGCUACUAUAUGGGCGAAAGUGGAGUGAUGGAGAAGCUUCGGUUGCCCUUGGUUACUAUUGCUUUUAUGUUCUUGUUCUAGCGGUGAAUGGAACAUCGGAAGCAUUUCUUCAUGCUGUGGGAUCCAAGCGUCAACUGGUGUGGUCAAAUAUGUCUUUGUUUCUAUUUUCUGCCAUUUAUAUAACCUUAAAUGUUUUAUUAGUUCGAUAUGCUGGAGCAGUUGGGCUGAUUGCUGCUAAUUCAUGUAAUAUGAUGUUGAGGAUCACUUACUCGGCAGUUUUUAUGAAGCAAUUUUUUAAGCGCUCUGCCUCUUUCUCUUUGCACCGAUGCUUGCCCUCUGCUGGAGUUUGCUUGGUACUCCUUAUGUCAGGCAUCAUCACACGUGUGUCUGAGAAGAUUCUGCUAGAUGCUGAUCACUUCGUACCAACCAUGCUUACCCAUCUUCUUGUUGGUGUAGGAUGUUUCUGCAUAUCUGCCUUUCUCAUAUAUCGAUGUGAGAGGGAUUUCAUCAAGAAACUUCUUGAGCUGCAUCAGAUGAAAACUGGACAUACCGACUGAAGCAAACGAGUGCAAACUAUUAAUGCAGGAACUUCCCCAUCCUCCUUUUACUGGGAAGCUGAAGUGCAGACUGUUACGGUGAGGACUCCUUCCCCCUUCUCUCCCACCCCAAAGGCACUGCUUUGCUUCUUUCCACAUGCUGCAUUAUUUGUUGAGGGGCGAUGGCUAAUUCGCUUUAUGCAGAUCUAAAUUGCCGUUGUUCUCAUAGCAGUGCACUGAUACCAUCAUUGGAGCACCAAAAAAUUCUCACACAAUUCUUUCCUCUAGUUUGUUGGUGAAAUUCCAUUUGAUAAUUAAUUUUAAAUGUUCAGCUCUGGUCUAGUCAGUAAUAGUGAAGGCCCAGUUUUAUGGAAGGAUGUAAUCUUUUCUUGGUUUUGCUUUGUCGGGGGUUUGGGGGAGGAGGGGAAAGGAGACUAUGCUCUCUUUCUCUCUCUCACAGCCACACACACGGAUGCCAGUGCACAUGCAUGUGUGUGUUUGUGCAAAGUCAUAACCCACGCCCAUUAACUUAAAAGGGUUCAGCUAGCAUAAUUACCAAAGAACUGUAUCUUCAUUUUCUUUUGUGCUACUACUGUUAGAACUAGGUGCUUUUUUGGGGGAAACAUAUGUCAUCUUAUGUAUUUCUAGAUGAAAGGGGUAAAACUGUUGUUUUAUACUAGAUUCAUAUUUUUAUUGA